CUGAGCGCGUCCGUGCAGGCAUCACUGCUCUCCCACCGUACCCUGUCUCCACUGCGUGCGCAGCUUCGGCACUUGCGUGUGUCAGUUCUGUGCUAAACAGCUUUUAACGUUCACGACCGACACGCGCCGCCGUCCUCAUGCUGGGAGAUGAUGAAGACGUCUUCGACAGCGUAACCUGGGAGUCCCCAGCUGCACCGCCCAAUGACAUCGACUAUGCUGCCCCUUCUGGCCCGGGAUACAGGCAGAGUACGUCGGAAAGCGAAGAAGGGCGUGGCCCGCACGCCCCGAAGUGGGAGGGAUACCUCAUAACGGCAGUCAAGGACCCAGUAAAGGAGCUGGCGGAGACGAAGGACGCCUAUGUCUCGUAUCUAGUAUCUGCAAAGACAAGCCUGCCAAUAUUCUCUACACCCAAUCCCUCCUCGCGCAGGCGAUACCAGGACUUUGUGUUCCUGCGUGAUCAUCUGGCGAAGGACUUCCCGGCAUGCGUGGUACCACCAUUGCCCGGUAAACAUAGGCUCGAGUAUGUCACCGGAGACAGGUUCAGCCCAGAGUUCAUGGAGCGGCGUCGCUCAGACCUCCACCGAUUCUUGCAGCGCCUAGCACGGCAUCCAACGCUGCAAAGGAGUACAUUGCUUCGUGCAUUCUUCGAAUCGACAGAAUGGCAUGUUAUCAUGCACCAGCACGUCGCGCACCCACCGGGGCCCGAAGCCUCAACAGGCGUAAUCGACAGCAUCUCUGAUACGCUACUCAACGCGUUCUCGCGUGUGCGCAAGCCGGACGAGCGGUUCCUCACGAUGCGCGAGUCGGUCGACAAGUUCGAGGAGGGCAUCACCGUCUCGGAGCGGCUGUGGACGCGCGUGCGCAACCGGACAAACGACGGCGGGGUGGACCCUGGCGAAGAUCUGACGGGAGACUACCACGACCUUGCUGUGGCCGUCCAAGGCCUGGGGUUCCUCGAGUCGGGGAUCACGGACCCGCUCAACCACUUCUCAAAUACGUUGCUGGAAUUCUCCGCGUUGAUGCGGCACACGACGCAUACAACGACAGACCCGUUCCUGAUCCACCUCCACUCUCUCUUGUCUUACUCCCAUACCAACCGAGCGGUCCUCAAACUUCGCGACCAGAAGCAGAUGGACUUUGAGGAGCUUUCAGAUUACCUCUCCGGUGUUGUUGCCGAGCGUGAUAGGCUCGCAGCCAUCAUCAGCGGUCAUGCAGGGAGCUCGGGCCUUGGUCUUGGUGCCUACCUCAAGGACCGAGUAGAUGCGCUGAGGGGCGCUGACGACGACAGAAGCCGUGUGGAGAGGAUGCGCAAGCUUGACACGAAGAUCAAGGAGCUCCAAGACGCAGUGGCAACCGCACACGAUACGUCAGACGCAUUCAGCGACGAGGUCCUCCGGGAGCAGACCGUCUUCCAGUACGCUAAAGAGGCGGAGAUGAAGGAGAUGCUAGGCAACCUUGCGGACGGGCAGAUUGAAUUUUACAAGGCGGCCAUGGAGGAAUGGGAUCGGAUCAUACCCAUUAUACAGCGCAUCCGGGUGGACGUCUGAGUGUACAUGACGUGGGAUCUUGGUGGAAAUGUAGCUUGCUUUCUAGUGUACUCAUAGUGUGACGCACGAACUUUCCGUACUGCAGCCACUAUUUAAUUCCAUUCAAUUGACUUGAA